AAGUUUGGUCCCAUUGGUCCCAUAUGGACUUUGAGCCUCCGUGUACGAUUGUUGUGUGUGUAGUUUGAGACAUGCGCAAAGCUGUCCAUACUUGUGCUUCUUGUUCUAAGUUCAUACGCGUAUCCCACCUUAGAUCUGGCAUCCGGUACAAACCAACUUGAUGCAAGUCUACACGUUACAUCGCAGCCUGAUUACUAAGCCAUAGUUUAUUACGAAAGACCUUAAGUGGCACAUAAAUUAAUUGUGUCUAGUCUAAAUUCUCUGUGUGCACAUGAACUUCGUAUCCCACGAGAGCUUGUAGUUCUGGCAGAUCGUCGUUUGCAAUCAACUGAAUAUAAGAAUAUAUAGACAGAACAAUGACCGUUCUCCAGAACGUGAUGUGGUUUCUGGACGUUCGCACAGUGUUGCUGUGUGUGGCUGUCCUUCUGGUUCUUCGCUGGUUCUUGGGGCGACCUAAGAACCUCCCUCCUGGCCCCUGGGGGUUCCCACUCAUCGGUUCCGUUCUGGCCAUUGGACGUGAGAUACGACGAGGCGUGGAACCCCACGAUCUCUUCAUGAGAUACGCUGCCAAGUACGGGCCCGUGUUUCGUCUCAAGAUCUUCAACAAGACAGUGGUUGUCCUCAAUGACUACUCCUCCGUGAAGGAAGCUUUCCAGCAUCCUCAAUUACAGGACCGACCUAAGAUGCUCUUGACUAAGGUUUUGAAAAGUGACGGUGUGUCAAUUGCCUCUGGCCAACCCUGGUUAGAGCUUCGUCGCUUCUCUCUGACUGUUCUAAGGAGCUUCGGAGUGGGCAAAACGAGCUUCGAGGAGAAGAUCGGCACUGAAGCUGAGGAACUGAUGAAGGAGAUGUCUGCCUUCAGCGGGAAGCCCUUUGACCCAAAACCGCUGCUCGGAAACGCAGUAUCCAACGUGAUAUGCAAUGUCGUUUUCGGCAAGCGCUACGAGUACACCGAUGAACAGUUCAAUAAGCUUUUGUCUUUACUCGGUCGCAAUUUCAAGCUGCUUGGUGCGGGUGCUGCGGUAAAUUUCUUCCCGGCCCUCCGCUAUCUGCCCUUCGUGUCUAUCGAUGAAAUAAUAGCUAAUUUUGAAGAGAUCCGCAUGUUCAUUACUACGAUCAUCGACAACCAUCGGGCCAACUUCGAUGCUGAUGAUGUGAAGGACUUCACCGACUCCUUUUUGAUGGAAAUCAAGCGGAAUGAGGCGAAGGAUGCGUCUGGAGUCAAACAUGGUUUACUCAGCGAGGGCAACCUCGUUGGUACCGUAACGGCCCUCUUCGCUGCUGGUUCUGAGACCACAGCCACUACGCUCCAGUGGACCCUCCUGUACAUGGCUGUCUACCCCGAGAUCCAGCAGAGAGUCCAGGCCGAGAUCGAUGCCGUGGUCGGUCGCAACCGGCUGCCUAGGAUGGCCGACAAACCGGAGCUGAACUUCACUCGAGCCGUCAUCUGGGAGGUUCAACGCCUGAGUCUGAUUGUGCCGUUGGGUGUUGCACAUGCUGCUGCCGCAGACACCCAAUUCCGUGGAUUCUUGAUUCCGAAAGAUACCCUCCUCGUUCCCAACUUGUGGGCGGUUACGCAUGAUCCCAAAGUAUGGCCGGAACCAGAUCAGUUCAAACCUGAGAGAUUCCUUAACGACAAGGGAGAGGCAGUUCAGGCAGAGGAGUUGAUACCGUUUAGCGUUGGUCGUCGGAGCUGCAUCGGUGAGCACCUGGCUAAGAUGGAGUUGUUUAUCUUCUUCAGCUUUUUUCUGCAUCAGUUCACCUUCAAGAAACCAGACAACUCGCCCCCACUGUCCCUGAAGGGAAGGGGUGGGUUGAACUACUCGCCUUUUAAUUUUGAGAUUUGUGUAAUCAGUCGUGAGUAAAGUUCCUUUCAAAUGAUUUUUUUUUAUUCAUUAACGUACGUUUUAUUUCAAGAGAGUCAAGUAGUGAGGUUUGUAUUGAAGAAUAUAACAGCAUACAUGUAUUUUGAUUUAUAGUGCAUACUACUCGUGAAACAACGAGAUGGCUUUGCUGCCUCAGCCGCUUGGUAGGGAAGCCGUGUUUUUAUUUGCAGCACACAUCGUCCAUGGAUCAUGAUUAUUCAGCUAGUUCGAUGUUUAUUCAUAAGAAAAUAACAAUGACGUCACACCAUUGCUAUCAGUCAGUCAUAUACAUGUACAUUAAAGCAUUUCAAAGAACGGCUUUCGUCGAGCUGCCACAGUGGCCUAAUGGAUAGUGGAAUGAGCUAUGGAUCGCAAGAUCUGUGGUUCGAGCUCAUGUCCAUUUUCAUCAAAUAUUUGGUAGGUUGGGAUAAGUUUAAUUGAAUGGAAAACACUACGAGA